AUGACUUCUCGCAUAGAGCAACCGAUAACGCUGAAAAAUGGCUUAACGCUACCAAACCGCUUGGCCAAGUCUGCCAUGGCAGAGAACAUAGCAGAUAAGGACCUUUUGCCAACUGAUCAAGUCUAUACUGCUUACAAGACCUGGGCCAACGGUGGCUGGGGACUUAUAAUCACAGGGAACGUGCAGGUUGAUCCUCGCCAUCUGGGCCAGGCUAGGGAUAUUGCCAAUAAUGACUCCAUUGACAGGAGCCGCAUUCUAAACAGCUGGAAGAAGUGGGCAUCUGCUUCUCGAAUCGGUGGAACUCCUACUGUGGUCCAGAUCAGCCAUCCCGGCCGGCAAUCUCCACUCGGCGCUGGCAAUCGAGGUUUAUUCGACAAGACGCUUGCUCCCAGCGCUAUCCCUCUACGACUCGGCAAAGGAGUAUUUGCGGCGGUGGCCUCCAGGCUGCUGUUUGGAACGCCAAGAGCCAUGACAGUUACGGAGAUUCUAGACGUUCAAGAUCGCUUCGUCAAGACAGCAGUUCUUGCCUCCGAUGCUGGAUUCGACGGCAUAGAGCUGCAUGGAGCACACGGAUACCUCCUCUCACAAUUCUUGAGUCCCAAGACUAACCAGCGGACUGACGAAUAUGGCGGUUCAGCUAGGGAGAGGGCGAAGAUUGUAGUGGACAUUAUCAAGGCAAUCCGCAAAGCUGUGCCAUCAAGCUUCACCAUCGGUAUCAAGUUCAACUCAGUUGAUCACCAGUCUUCUCAAGCCCUAGAGGAUUGUAUUGAGCAACUCCGUUUAAUCACAGACGCCGGGAUCGAUUUUCUCGAAAUCAGUGGUGGAAGCUAUGAAGAACCAAUUGGUAUUGCCGAUCCGGAUAAAAUCCAACCUGUCAAGAAAGAAAGCACAAAGGCCAGAGAAGCCUUCUUCCUUGACUUUGCGACAGCCAUUAGAGACCAAUUCCCUGGCCUUCCAUUACUUGUCACAGGCGGGUUCCGUAGCCGCAAUGUGAUAGAAGAUGCUUUGGCAAGCGGUUCGCUAAACAUUGUUGGUUUAGCACGGCCAGCAAUGUUGGAUCCAUCUGUUCCUACAAAUACGCUCUUGAACAAGAACAAGAAGGACGAAGAGGCAAGAGCCAUUGCCAUCUCUGUCCCAACCCCUUGGCUACUGAAGAAGAUUGGAAACUAUAUCAUCGGAGCUGGAUAUGAAACUGCCUGGUAUGGCAAGAAGAUUAAGACUAUGGGUAAAUUGUAA